AAAAAAGUCAUUGCCGCCCAGGCACUUGAGUUGGCGCUGCAAGCUAUCUACUCCACUUUCCCUUGUCUAUCCAAUAGUGCUUCCAUCAUAAGCCAAGAUUUGUGGUUCAAAUGGAGCUUCGCUCAUGCUUAACCCUACAGUAUUCAGACAUGCUUUGGCUCCAGUAUUCCUUCAUGACACAUACCUGGUUGCUUUCUGGUUUUCUUUAACUCUAUACAUUCCUAUGAAACAAAAUGUUAAGAUGAUAUAUCUACAAAUUUUUGCAAUUUGUAAACAACCUUCUGGAGCAAACUGGCCACUGGUUAUAUUGGUGGUUUCUGUAGCUCUUAGCAAGACGGUUGGAAUUCUGCUACCGGGAAUUCUUCGUGGAUAAGCAAGUUGUUCUUGAGAGAUUCUGGGUGGCUCUUGGUGCAUUUCCAGGGCCAUGAUGGCUUGAAUUUUCAGUUAUGGAGAUAAGGAGACAUGGGUGGAGAGUUGUUUUGGGAUUGGUUUAUUUAUAUAGAUGAGUGGAAGGUUAGGAUUCUGCUACCAAUAAUACCUACAUGAUAGUCAGGUUAGGCUUCCUGGUUGCUGCUUCAAUUGCAGCCUUUACAGUUAAAAAGCUUAAUGUAAAAACUGCAAAGUCAUCAGACUCUUCAGCUAAGCGAUCAGAAAAUGGUGAAGCAAGCUUUGAGCAACAUCAAGUUGAAGAAGAUGACAAACAGCAUUUUACAUAUUCUGAUGAUAGCUUCAAAGAGAAAGAUGUGGAAGAAGAAGAAGAAGAAGAGGUUAAAUUGAUUAGUAGCAUUUUUGACCGGGCUCAAGGUACUUCACCUAGUAUGGAAGACGAAGAUAUUUUACCUCAAUUUGAAGAUCUUUUGUCUGGGGAAAUGGAUCAUCCAUUACAUGGGGAAAAGUUUGACAAGGCAGAGAAAGACAAGAUUUAUGAAACUGAGAUGGAAAACAAUGCAAGUGAACUGGAAUGCUUGCGCAACCUAGUAAAAGAAUUGGAGGAGAGAGAGGUGAAACUUGAAGAUCAAUUGCUCGAGUACUAUGGGCUGAAGGAGCUGGAAUCAGACAUUGUCGAAUUACAAAGGCAGCUCAAUAUUAAGACAGUUGAGAUUGACACGCUUAAUAGUACCAUCAACUCCCUACAAGCUGAGAGGAAGAAGCUUCAAGAAGAGAUUUUGCUGGGAGCUUAUUCCAAGAAGGAACUGGAACUGUCAAGGAACAAGAUAAAGGAGCUGCAGAGGCAAAUUCAGCUUAAUGCUAACCAGACAAAGGGCCAGUUAUUAUUGCUCAAACAACAGGUUUCUGGUCUUCAGUCGAGAGAACAAGAAGCCAUGAAAAAAGAUGCAGAGGCUGAAAAGAGGCUGCAAGCAGCGAAAGAGUUGGAGGUCGAAGUUGUGGAACUUAAGAGGAAGAACAAAGAACUUCAGCAUGAAAAGAGAGAGUUGACUACUAAGCUGGGUGCUGCUGAAGCUAAAGUAGCGUCCCUCUCCAAUAUGACAGAGACAGAAAUGGUUGCGAAGGUAAGAGAGGAGGUCAACAAUUUAAGGCACACAAAAGAAGACCUGUUAAAACAAAUGGAAGGACUUCAAAUGGACAGGUUUAGUGAAGUUGAAGAGCUAGUGUACCUUCGUUGGGUCAAUGCAUGCUUGAGGUAUGAGCUCCGGAACUACCACUCACCUUCAGGAAAAGUGUCAGCUCGUGAUCUCAAUAAAAGUCCGAGCCCCAAGUCCCAGGAGAGGGCUAAACAACUAUUGUUAGAAUAUGCUGGGUCAGAACAAGGACAAGGAGACACAGAUCUUGAAAGCAACUAUUCUCACCCGUCUUCUCCUGGAAGUGAGGACUUUGACAAUGCUUCCAUUGACAGUUCCUUUAGCAGAUACAGUUUCAGUAAGAAACCUGGUUUAAUUCAAAAACUGAAGAAAUGGGGCAGAAGCAAAGAUGAUUCAAGUUCCUUUUCAUCGCCAUCCAGAUCCUUCUCAGGAGGAUCUCCAAGCAGGACUAGCACGAGCCACCAACCAAGGGGUCCAUUAGAAACCUUGUUGCUAAGUAAUGCAGGUGAUACUGUAGCCAUCACUUCAUUUGGGAAGAUGGAGCAGGAUGCUUCUGACUCACUAAAUUCUGUCGCUUCAUCAUUCCAAGUAAUGUCUAAAUCAGUGGGAGGAGUUUUAGAUGAAAAGUAUCCUGCCUAUGAAGAUAGACACAAGUUGGCGUUAGAAAGGGAGAAGCAUGUCAAGGAAAAGGCAGAACAAGCGAGAGCAGCAAGGUUUGGUGACAGUUCAAAUUUUGAUUUUGGAACAAAGGGGAAGAGAGAUAAACCUGUAACUUUGCCAGCAGAACUUUCCCAAUUAAAAGAGAAACCAGUUGCCUCUGGUGGGUCAAAUGACCAAUCUAAUGAUGGCAAGGAUGUUGAUUCUCAGAUUAUAAGCAAGAUGAAACUUGCCCACUUUGAGAAGAGGCCUCCUAGGGUGCCUCGGCCUCCUCCAAAACCAUUUGCUGGUGUUCCAGUUGCUACAAAUUCCAAUCCUUCAGGCAGAGUGCCACCUCCACCACCACCCCCUCCAGGUGCACCGCCGUCGCUGCCUCAAAUGCCUGGAAGACUGUGUCGUCCACCUCCUACUUCUGGAAACUUGCCAAAAGGAGCAGAAAGUGGUGAUAAAGUUCACCAGGCUCCGGAACUAGUUGAGUUUUAUCAGACUUUGAUGAAACGUGAGGCAAAGAAGGAUACAUCAUCUUUGAUUUCUUCAACAUCUAAUAUAACAGAUGCUCGCAGCAACAUGAUUGGGGAAAUCAAGAACAGAUCAUCCUUCCUGUUGGCUGUAAGAGCUGAUGUUGAAACUCAAGGUGAUUUCAUCCAGUUAUUGGCAACUGAAGUUCGAGCAGCUUCCUUCUCCAACAUAGAUGACUUGGUGGCCUUUGUAAGCUGGCUCGAUGAGGAGUUAUCUUUCUUGGUUGAUGAACGAGCAGUUCUCAAGCACUUUGAUUGGCCUGAAAGUAAAGCUGAUGCAUUGAGAGAAGCAGCUUUUGAGUACCAGGAUCUCAUGAAAUUGGAGAGGCAAGUAACCUCUUUUGUUGAUGAUCCCAACCUCGCAUGUGAAGCUGCUUUAAAAAGGAUGUACAAAUUGCUCGAAAAAGUGGAAAACAGUGUAUAUGCUCGAUUACGUACGAGGGACAUGGCUGUUUCACGAUACAUGGAGUUGGGGAUCCCAACUAAUUGGUUAUUAGAUUCAGGAGUUGUUGGCAAGAUCAAGCUCUCAUCAGUGCAGUUGGCAAGAAAGUACAUGAAGCGUGUUGCAUCAGAACUUGAUGCAAUGAGCGGACCUGAAAAAGAACCAAACAGAGAGUUUUGGGUACUGCAAGGGGUUCAUUUUGCUUUCCGUGUUCAUCAGUUUGCUGGAGGCUUCGAUGCAGGGACCAUGAAAGCUUUUGAAGAGCUGAGGAGCCGUGUAAGUUCACAAAUGGGAGAAGAGAAUAAGACGGAAGGAUCAUAAUUUCUCCCUUGGCCUUUCUGUUGUAUAUUGCGUCCUCUCAUUUCAUGUCUUAUUGUAGAUAAAAACAGUCCAGUUUGAGCCAACAAAGGGAAAGUGAAUUUAUACCAGGAAAUAUUUAUAAAUUUUCUCGUCCUCUGGUUCCCUGUUUGCUCA